AUGCUGAAGGAGCUUCAGCUUUCCCUGGCAGUCUUUCUGCUGCUUGCCUGUGGCUUCCUCUACCAGCUGACCCUGAAGUCCAGUUGUUUCUUCUCCUGCCUGCCUACCUACAAGUUCCAGCAGGGGCCAGAAGCCCUCCUGAGCCACCAACGCAGCAUUGUGUUCCUGGAGACCUCAGAAAGAAUGGAGCCAUCCCCACUCGUCUCCUGUGCUGUGGAAUCAGCUGCCAGGAUUUAUCCUGAGCAGCCUGUGGCAUUCUUUAUGAAGGCCCUCAACAAUUCCACACAGCUGCCCCCAAAUGACACUCACCCAGCCUUUUACCUCCUCUCAGCAAUAGACAAUGUUUUCCUCUUCCCUUUGGAUAUGCAAAGGCUGUUUGAAGACACACCACUAUUUUCAUGGUACACUCAAAUCAACAGCAGCGCAGAGAGAAACUGGCUCCACGUCAGCUCCGAUGCAUCCCGCCUUGCCAUCAUCUGGAAAUAUGGUGGCAUCUACAUGGACACCGAUGUCAUCUCCAUCAGGCCCAUCCCUGAGGAGAACUUUUUGGCUGCACAGGCCUCUCAGGACUCUAGUAAUGGGGUGUUUGGGUUUCUCCCACACCACCCCUUCCUGUGGGCUUGCAUGGAAAACUUUGUUGAACACUACAAUGCAGACAUUUGGGGCAACCAGGGCCCCAAUUUGAUGACAAGGAUGUUGAAGUUGUGGUGCAAACUUAGAGACUUCCAGGAGGUGAGUGACCUCAGGUGUAUGAACAUGUCCUUCCUACACCCCCAGAGAUUUUACCCCAUCUCCUACCCAGAGUGGAGGCGCUACUAUGCUGUAUGGGACACAGAACCAAGCUUCAAUGACUCCUAUGCCCUCCAUUUGUGGAAUUACAUGAACAAGGAGAGGAGGGCCGUGGUUAGAGGAAGCAACACAUUGGUGGAAAAUCUCUACCGCAAGCACUGUCCCAGGACUUACAGAGAUCUGAUUUAA